GGAGGAGGAGGGGCGGCCGCAGCUGCAUCCAGCCCCGUUGGCUUCCUUCCCAGCGCUCCUUCGCCGCCUCCUCCUCUUCCUCCUGUAUGAGUCAGGCAUUUCCCGGGGAUUUGGAACAGCCACGCGCGGCCCGAGUUCCCGGAGCUGUAGCCGCCGUCGCUGUUCCACGAGCGCCAGCGCCGGGGCCGCCACCGCGGCCGGGAGCACCCGCGUCCCGGGCGCGCACGCACCAUGGAGAGGGCGGCCCAGGGCGCAGAUGGCGGGGGCAGCAACAGCAGCAGCCGCAGCAGUAGCCGCGCCACCUCGGCGGGCUCCUCGCCCUCCUGCUCCCUGGCCAGCCGCGGGGUGUCCAGCCGAUCGGCGGUGGCCGGGCUUGGCGGCGGGGGCAGCCGCAGCAGCCCGGGCUCGGUGGCCGCUAGCCCGUCCGGGGGCGGCGGCCGCAGGCGGGAGCCGGCGCUCGAGGGCGUGCUCAGCAAAUACACCAACCUCCUGCAGGGCUGGCAGAACAGGUACUUCGUGCUGGAUUUCGAGGCGGGCCUCCUGCAGUACUUCGUGAACGAGCAGAGCAAACACCAGAAGCCCCGUGGUGCCCUGGCUUUGUCAGGCGCCAUCGUAUCCCUGAGCGAUGAGGCGCCCCACAUGCUGGUCGUGUACGCCGCCAACGGGGAGAUGUACAAACUGAGAGCUGCUGAUGCAAAGGAGAAACAGUUCUGGGUGACUCAGCUUCGAGCUUGUGCCAAAUAUCACAUGGAAACAAGUUCUAAGACUACUCCAAGCUCCCGAAGCCGAAGUCUCACAUUGCUCCCCCAUGGAACACCCAAUUCUGCGUCUCCCUGUAGCCAGAGACAUCUCAUUGCGGGGGCCCCCGGCGUUGUCACAGUCACGCAUCACAAGUCGCCUGCAGCUGCCCGAAGAGCCAAGAGUCAGUAUUCCGGCCAGCUUCACGAAGUCAGAGAGAUGAUGAAUCAGGUGGAAGGACAGCAGAAAAGCCUGGUGCACGCCAUUGAGUCCUUGCCAGGCUCCGGCCCCCUCACUGCCUUGGACCAGGACCUGCUGCUCCUGAAAGCUACCUCUGCUGCCACCCUCAGCUGCCUGGGGGAGUGCCUGAGCCUCCUACAGCAGAGCGUGCACCAAGCGGGUCCCCCCAGCCACAAGCCAGGGGCCUCAGAAAACAUCAUGGGAUGGCACGGGCCCAAGUCACAUUCCACAGAGCAGCUGAAAAACGGGACAUUUGGCUCCCUGCCAUCAGCCAGUGCCAACAUAACCUGGGCGAUUCUACCCAACUCUGCCGAAGAUGAACCCACCUUACCGCCGGAGCCAGAGCCAAAUUCAAGCCCUGAAUUGGUUUUGUCUGAAGAUGAAAAAAGUGACACUGAAGAUAAGGAAGAAGCAGAGUUGGGUGUCGUGGAGGAUCAGCGCAGUAUAAUUCUUCAUCUGAUUUCCCAGCUCAAACUUGGGAUGGAUCUAACCAAGGUGGUGCUUCCCACAUUCAUUCUGGAGCAACGCUCCUUGCUGGAGAUGUACGCAGACUUCAUGGCGCACCCAGACCUGCUACUGGCCAUCACAGCAGGGGCCACGCCGGAGGAGAGGGUCAUUUGCUUCGUGGAGUACUAUCUCACCGCCUUCCAUGAGGGCCGCAAGGGGGCCCUGGCCAAGAAGCCCUACAACCCCAUCAUCGGAGAGACGUUUCACUGCUCCUGGGAGGUACCCAAGGACAGGGUCCGGCCCAAGAGGACUGCCCCCCACUCGCCUGCCGGCCACGAACACCCCAUGGGCAAUGACCCAUCCAAAGGCUACAAAUUGCGAUUUGUGGCAGAGCAAGUAUCCCAUCACCCGCCCAUCUCCUGCUUCUACUGUGAAUGCAAGGAGAAGAGACUGUGCGUCAACACUCAUGUAUGGACCAAAAGCAAGUUCAUGGGCAUGUCCGUGGGGGUGUCGAUGAUUGGGGAAGGGGUCCUGAGGCUCCUGGAACACGGGGAAGAGUAUGUGUUCACCUUGCCGAGUGCCUACGCCCGCUCCAUCCUCACCAUCCCCUGGGUGGAGCUCGGAGGAAAAGUCAGCAUCAGCUGUGCCAAGACCGGCUACUCUGCCACGGUUAUCUUCCACACGAAGCCUUUCUAUGGAGGGAAAGUCCACAGGGUUACAGCAGAAGUGAAGCACAACCCCACCAACACCAUCGUUUGCAAAGCUCACGGCGAGUGGAACGGAACGCUGGAGUUCACCUACAACAACGGGGAGACCAAAGUCAUCGACACGACCACACUGCCCGUGUACCCGAAGAAGAUCCGUCCUCUGGAGAAGCAGGGGCCCAUGGAGUCCAGGAACCUCUGGCAGGAGGUGACCCGCUACCUGCGGGUGGGGGACAUAGAUGCGGCCACGGAGCAGAAGCGCCAUCUGGAGGAGAAGCAGCGGGUAGAGGAGCGGAAGAGGGAGACCCUCCACAUGCCCUGGAGGCCCAAGUAUUUUACGCAGGAGGGUGACAGCUGGGUUUACUUCAAUCCCCUCUGGAAGGCACACUGAUGGGGUCGCAGAACAGAGCUUUCAGAAAUAGCCGUUUUUGUAGGAAUUAAAGUGGUACAGUAUCAAAGUUCGGCUGGUAUGCGCUGAGACAGCUUGAUCUCAUCCAAGAAAUCACACCUGAGAAAUUAUAUACUGUGAAAAAUGCUCCCCCCAACUCUGCUUUAGGAUUGAGUUUCUUCAGGAGCCAUCAGGGGCCUGUGUGUGUGUGUAGGCGGGCACUCAGCGCUGACCGUUCACAUGCUCGCAUUCAACGCAGCUGCUGGGAGGAUGCGUGUAGACA